AUGGUGCAGCCUCCGGGCACAAAGAGAUGGCUGACGAAGAACUACUACGAGCUCAUUGACGGAUCGAUUGUCACCGUCGUCAACCUUCUAAAAACCCCAAUCAAAGGGCUCACUACCAAUGACAUAUUGACUACGGGUCUCGAAGACGGUGAAAACGAAAACUUGCACGAGCUUGAUGUGGUCAUAAUGGCUACGGGGUACGAUUCUCUUACCGGGAGCUUAUACGACAUGAAUAUUACCGACACGCAUGGCAAGACACUACAAGAGAAGUGGGAAAAUGGUGUUCGCACAAGCCUUGGCAUGAUGGUCCCCGGCAUGCCCAACGCCUUCAUUUUGUACGGCCGCAAGCACCAACUUCACUGA